GACUCGUCACUCACCCUCACAGCUCAGAAGCCUGUAGCCACUGGCCAGUCACAGAGGUACACAAACAAGAGAUCUUAGUUGGCGAUCCGCUUACUAGAAAAUAUAAAAGUUGCCUCGAUCCGGUCGAUACAUGCUGCAAGCAAUUUUGGUUUUAAUUAAGGAGGUAUUGAGUGGGGUGAAGUGGUAAGAGUAGUGAGAGAUCAGAGAUGGCGAUGAAGCGUGUAGCUGCCUCUGCACUUCGUGCUUUUACUUCUUCGGGGAAUUCAACUUCAUCACUUCUCACCAGACGCCUCCAUGCCUCUCCUGGUAGCAAAAAGAUUGUUGGUGUUUUCUAUGAUGCAAAAGAAUAUGCUGCAAAGAAUCCCAAUUUUCUUGGCUGCACAGAAAAUGCAUUGGGUAUCCGCCAAUGGCUAGAAUCACAGGGCCAUCAAUACAUAGUCACUUCGGACAAAGAAGGACCACAUUGUGAACUUGAGAAACAUAUUCCGGACCUCCAUGUGUUGAUAACUACCCCAUUUCAUCCUGCAUAUGUCACGGCCGAAAGGAUUAAGAAGGCCAAAAAUCUGCAACUUUUGCUGACUGCUGGAAUUGGCUCAGAUCAUGUUGAUCUGAAAGCUGCAGCAGAUGCUGGGUUAACAGUUGCAGAGGUCACUGGGAGUAACGUUGUGUCGGUUGCUGAAGACGAAUUGAUGAGGAUCCUCAUUCUUGUUCGCAAUUUCCUGCCUGGACACCAUCAAGUCAUAAGUGGGGAUUGGAAUGUUGCAGGUAUUGCUUACAGAGCUUAUGAUCUUGAAGGCAAGACUGUAGGAACUGUUGGUGCCGGGCGUAUAGGCAGGCUUUUGCUGCAGAGAUUGAAACCUUUCAACUGUAAUCUUCUUUAUCAUGAUCGGAUCAAGAUGGAUCCUGAGUUGGAAAAUCAAACUGGAGCCAAAUUCGAGGAAGAUCUUGAUAAGAUGCUGCCAAAAUGUGACAUAAUUGUUAUUAAUAUGCCUCUUACAGAGAAAACUAGAGGGAUGUUUGACAAAGAUAGGAUCGCUAAGCUAAAGAAGGGAGUUUUGAUUGUAAACAAUGCUCGAGGAGCAAUCAUGGACACACAAGCAGUUGUUGAUGGUUGUUCUAGCGGACAAAUUGGAGGUUACAGUGGGGAUGUUUGGAAUCCACAACCAGCUCCAAAGGACCAUCCUUGGCGUUACAUGCCUAACCAAGCUAUGACCCCCCAUAUUUCUGGUACUACCAUUGAUGCACAGAUACGCUAUGCAGCUGGAGUCAAGGACAUGCUGGAUAGGUACUUUAAGGGAGAAGAUUUCCCUCCACAACAUUACAUUGUCAAGGAUGGAGAGCUUGCAAGCCAGUAUCGUUGAAUAAAAAAUUAGCUCACGGAGUUUGGUGUGUGCAAUAAGUGUCAACUUAGGAAGACGCAUGCAGAAUAAUCUGGUUGGCUAUUCUAGAUCAUUCCUAAAAGAUGUCUAAGAAAUUUUGUGUGAAAACCAUCUCUGUUUGGCUUGAAUUCAAAUCCUGCACAUAGCUCGAUUGAUGAUUUAAUGACGUUUUGGUUUUUCCUUUC